AUGGACAGCAAGCGCAAGGCCAAUGGCCAUGCUGCCGUCGAAGUAGAUGACCGUUCAGCAAAGCGACGCAAAUUAGCUGAAUUCGAUCUUUCCAAAGCCGAGUCGCGCGAAUCGACUACGGCGUAUGGCAAUGCGUUUCUCGAACAGAUUCGACGAACGCAAGAUAAAAGCGGACGAUUGGUCGCAACGUAUUUUGAAAAACUUCUCCCUCGAGCGGGAAAUGAAGAAUAUUAUAAGCGCACUAGGAUGCCAAUCGCUCUUGAAACGGUUGAGGAGAAGCUGAGCAAAGGCUAUUUCAAAAACCUCGCGGAACUGGAAAGCUACUUUAAGCGAAUGAUAGCCAACGCCAAGGAGUUUUACCCCCGCUCCUCGGCCGUUUUCGAUGACGCGGAGCGCGUCCGCAAGGCUCUCAGCAACUACAUGACGAAAAACAACCCAGCAUAUCAAACUCGCAAUUAUCAAGCAGUGGCCACUCCGCUUCCACCCGAGAACGGGGAAGAGGAACAGGGACAGGAAGAAGAGCAGGAACAGAAACAAGACGAGGAACUGGACGCAACAGAUGAUGAUGCCAAAGGCGAAGACGAAGAAAAAGAAGGUGGAAAUGUAAAAGAGGAAGAGGAUAGAGGAGAAGACGAAGAGGAAGAAGGAGAAGAAGAGGAGGAGGAGGAGGAGGAACAAGAGGAACAAGAAGCAGAGCCUACGUCCCGACGCAGGCCAAUCAUCUUGAAACGUAAUGGCCCGGGACGUCUCUCCAGAAAUUCGACUGGUUUUGCAGACAGUCCACGACGGGCGAAACCGAACGGCCGCCCCGACUAUGAGUACCACAAUGUGCCUUUUAAGGGUUUAAGCUUCCAACAAGCUCAGGAAAAGCUCGUUGAAGAAUUGCUUCGCUACAAAGAGCCAGAGUACGAUGGUUUCUUCGAACCAUUCGUCAACUUACCGCCCCGGUCGUUGAAGGACUACUACCGGGUGGUCGCAGACCCCCUAUCGCUGAAGAAGCUCCAGAAGGAAGUUUUGGGCAUCCAGGGUCGCGGCGAACCUACCGGCAUAAGCGUUUUUAAGAGCUGGAGCGCGCUGGAAGACAGGGCGAAGCUCUUGUGGACAAAUGCGUACUUCUACAACGAAGAGGGCAGCGAGAUCUACGACCUUGCCCAAGAACUCGAAAAAGCGUUCAACGAGCUUUUGAACAAGGCGCGAGCUGCUGUUCAAGAGCCGACGCAGGCCAAGAUCAAACUCAAGGUUGGGCAGAAUGGCGCCGCAGCCUCGUCGAAAAGAGUUAGCAUUCAUGUUGGCGGUCGAGCAAGCACUGUUGACUCACCAGCGCCACAGACCACGCAGUCGGUUGAGUCUCCCUCUAGCGGUUCUCUUGUCAACGGCACGGCCAAGCAGACAGCGGCGCUCAAUGCUCCGCCGAGUGCGUCGCUUUCGGUCUCGUCGCCGAGCCCAUCUGCCCACCCCGGCUUGAAAGCAGAAGAGAAUUCGAGAUUGUCGCCGGCGGUGUCGGGUCAAACAACGACGAAAACCGUCAUGGGUCCUGCGACACCCAUGGCACAACCGCCGGCAACCCCUGGGCCACCCUUGAUGCAAUCAACAAACCCGAUGGCUAACGGCUACCUUGAGCCAAAACGGCUCCGGGCUCCUGGAAAAGGCAUCCAAGAUGCUCUCAUUUCGCGGCUGCGGAUCCAGCUCCAUCCCAGCACGCAGGCCGAGCAGCCCGUUUUGCUGGACAUCCUCCCCCUUCCCCGCGAGAUGUCGCAGUCGGCCACGGUGAACCUCCCCGCCAGCAUCAACCGCGUCUUCAUCCUCGCCCAGCUGCCCGAUUUCCUCCAGGACCGCCAGUACAGCCUCUGGCUCCUCGUCGACAAGCAGCCCCUCAAGCCUUGCCUGCAGCCCCUUCCCAACCAACUGCUCCAGGAGCGCGCUUUCGACGUCAUGCUUCACCCGGGAAUCAACGUCAUCGAGGCACAUCUCAUUGCCGCGGUCCCCCGACACGAGCGAGAGAACGCGGGCGGAUCGGAAGUGGAGCUGGAGAUUUUUACCGCCUUCGCCAACGUUCUUCGCCAUUGA